CAGGACCAAGUUGUGCACCACUGGUCUAACUCUUAUCUCUAUAUAAAGAAAUUGGUGCACAGAAUCCGACAUUGACUGGAAGUUCAGCUGUGUAAUCUGCCAUUUGCUUACAAAGUUGCACAAGUGUAAAAACAAGCAGACGUGCCUGAGAGUGGCAGGUGAUUCUGGAGGAUCAGAAGCGAUCAGGUGUUGAAUAUCAUUUUAACCAUACUUCUUUAGUUGACUAGACGUGCAAUGUGUAGACUGUGUACCACAGUAACGAUUGAGCUGGCUAGGAAGCAGCGUGGGUUUCCAACCACGCAUCUGUCAUUUAAACUCGGGAAGCGUUUGCUGCUCAAAGGAUCUGCAUUUGGCUGUACUUGUAUUUUUCUAAAAUAGUUAAACGAGAUGCUUAGCACUUGGGAUGCAAUCAAAUACCAUAGAAAGAUGUGCUCUAUGAUUAAUUAUUGUAUUAUACUUAAUUUUCACAUCCUCCUCGUUAAAGCACCCGGGUACCCGAAGUAUUUUUAGGUGAUGAGAAAUAGCCUUGGCUAAUCCACACAUUGUCAGGUUAAUUCUCACCCCCAGGUCCGGGUGAGAAAUAGCCUAGGCUAAUCCUCCUGUGCUCUGUACGGAAUACGGAGUGAGAAUUGGCCUGAGCUAAUGUUCACCCCCUCUGGACAGAACACUGGGGUGAGAAUAAUUAGCUGCUGUUGUUUCAAAUUGUUACUACACUCUGGUAUUAACAGCUCUGUCAAUCGGACAAAAUAAGUUCUCCCAACCAGACGCUCCUCUUUUAAACAUAUUAUAUAAAUGUGUCAUGCUUUAAUCAGGUAAGCGAGGUUUAUUGUGGGAAUAUAUUGUGUAUUGAUAUUAUCAACACGUAUUACAAAUAAACAGUUUUCUUUAUUAUCAAAAUACAGUAUGCAGUGCAGGAUCAGUAAUACACCAAUAGCACUGAAUUCACCAUUGUGUGUUAUGGUGGUGUUCUAUAUAUUUUGAAACCUAGGCUACGUACUAACCAAUGUGUUGACAUGAUUUAUAUAAUAAUAAUAAUGAAUCGGUGUUGCCGCCUCUACUACCAGCUAAAAUAAAUCUGAAAUCUGAAAAAGAAAUGUAGCUUGAUUAAAAAAACCCAGCGUCGUGCAGCUUAUUGCUUUACAGACACACACAACCUCGCCGAGAUCCUUCACCUUUUAAUUAAAAAAAAAUCCUUUGCAUUAAACCUGACCUCACAGCAAGAUCUGAAGAGCUUCUGCUGAUUUCUAAAAUCAGGGAUUUCCGCGUAGAUUAAGAAUGACCGUGGCAAACUAUAGCUUUAUCCUUCCAACAGUGAAAGCCAUUUAAAGCAAGAUUUACUCUUCGCGAUUCCCCUGGGAAAUCUAUAAUGAAAUACAGAAAGAUGAUUAGCGAGUCGCAGACACGCAUUCUCAUUCAUGGAUUCAGGAGUCCCUCAUUACUACUCCCUGCGGAAGUGAAGUACUUGAGAUGUCCGUUCUGCAACCUGUAAUCUGCUCUGAAUCCAGCAUUCACAAGGGAGUCGCGGGGACAGCCAGCCAGCAGAGAGCUCAGGUGUCGAAUACACAGUCCAGUGCGUGGAUGGUUUGCCAGUAUGGCUCUAGCAGUGUCACUGAGGCUCAUCUGUACAGCCCUGUUGUUUCAAGCAUUGCCUUCAGACUGUGUACAAGAACUCCAUGCGAAUCAGGAGACCAUUGUGAAGAUUAAUACUGCCGGACUGUUGAUGCAGUGCUCUACUGCUGUGGAUGUGCUCUUCCUAUUGGACGGCUCCUACAGCAUUGGGAAAGGCAGCUUUGAGAGAUCCAAGCACUUUGCAUUCAAGCUUUGUGAUGCCCUGGAUAUCAAUCCAGAAAGGGUACGAGUAGGAGUUAUCCAAUACAGCUCAACACCCAGACUUGAGUUCUCCUUGAAUUCCUACCCAACGAAAGACGAAGUGAAGGAGCGAAUAAAGAAACUUUCAUUCAAGGGCGGCAGCACACAGACUGGUCAGGCUCUGAAGUACAUCCUUCGGAAAGGAUUCCCGGGUGGAAGAAACACCACGGUGCCUCGAAUUCUCAUUGUUCUCACUGACGGAAAAUCCCAGGGAACUGUGCAGCCUGCCAGCCAGCUGAAAGAGGAAGGCAUCACGAUAUUCGCUGUGGGGGUCAAGUAUCCCAGGUGGGAUGAGUUGCAUACGUUGGCCAGCCUGCCCACAGAGCAGCACGUUCUGUUUGCUGAACAUUUCGAUGAUGCAGUCAAUGGCCUCUACACCACCCUCACAUCCGCCACCGUCUGCACUGCAGUCCCUUCAGGAUGCAAAGUUGUAUCUCGAACCUGUGAACGUAAAACUCUGGAGACAGUGAAAGAGUUUAAGGGGAAUUUCAUGUGCUGGAAAGGAUCCAAGGGAAGCACUGCGCCCCACACAACAUUAUGCCCCUAUUACAGUUGGAAUAGAGUGUAUAGAAAACAUCAAGCCACAUGCUACAGAACUAUAUGCCCAGAUCCGUGCGAUUCCCAGCCCUGCCACAACGGAGGCACCUGUAUCCCAGACGGAUUAGAAAAAUACCGCUGUGUCUGUCCUGUGGGGUUUGGAGGAGACCCCAACUGUGCUCCAAAGCUGAGUCUGGACUGCAGUGUGGAUCUUCUCUUCUUGGUGGAGGGCUCUUCCAACGUCAGCCUGGAGGGGUUCCUCCGAUACAAGUCCUUCAUGAGGCGAUUUGUACAGGCAGUCCUUACUCCAGAUACCCCGGUUAACGUGGGCUUGGCUCAGUACAGUGACGACGUGAGGAUGGAAAUGAAAAUCGGGGAGUACAGAGAUAUUCCUGAGCUGCUUCAGUCCAUCGAUGGCAUGAGAUACAGGGGAGGGGGCACCAGGACCGGGAAAGCCCUGAGCUACGUCACGCAGUUCGGGUUCAAGAGCACCCCAGUGUUCGCUGACGUCCAGGAUGACCUGCCCAGGGUUGUGGUUCUGAUGACGGAUUCCGGGUCUGAAGACUCUGUGACCGAACCUGCCAAACACACCAGGGACAGAGAGAUCUUUAUCAUUGGGGUGGGCGGAGAGUUCCUGAAGGAGGAUCUUAAUAAGAUAACAGGAAAUCCACAGCGAACCAUAACUUACUCCAGCCCACAGCAUCUCCUCAGCAGAAUCCCAGACCUGAGAUCCAAAAUAUGCAGCGUGGAUAACCAAGGGUGUCUUGCUCAGUCUCUGGAUCUUGUAUUUGCCCUGGAUGCGUCGGAUGGUGUUGGGAAUGAGAACUUUUAUCGGCUGCGGGAUUUCGUCCGGAGCACCUCGGUUCAGUUUGACAUCAACCGCGACGUGACUCAGAUCGGGCUGGUUACCUACGGCAGGGAGCUGAGCACCAUGUUCGCCCUGGACACCUACGACUCCGGCACCAGCGUCAUGCAGGCAGUCAACCAGGUGCCUUACAUCGGGGGCAGGGCCUCCACUGGCAGCGCUCUGCUCCACAUCCAUGACAACGUCAUGACGGUGCAGAAGGGAGCCAGGCCUGGAGUCAACAAGGCCAUCGUGGUGAUCACUGAUGGGGCCGGGGGUGACGACGCUGCCGUCCCAUCUCAGAGAAUCCGGAAUAACGGCAUCUCUGUGUUUGUGGUCGGGAUAGGGGAUGCUCAGAGAGACGCCCUGCUCAAGAUCGCUGGCUCUGAGGACCACAUGAUCCCGGUCGCUUCCUAUGAAGACCUGAAAUACUUUGAAGAUGUUCUUGUUCAGAAAGUGUGUGAAGAGGCCAAGAAAGCAGUGAAUGUGUGCAAACCGAGCCCAUGUAUGAAUGAUGGGAUCUGUAUAUUGAGGAACGGGAGCUAUCGCUGUGAGUGUCGAGGCUGGGAGGGACCGCACUGUGAAAACAGAAGCACAAGACCUCCGAGCAGAGGGGAUCUCCCCGGACCCGCAGGCUUACGAAUAAACAACAGAAGGCAACAGAAGCACAAUAAACCUCAUCAGAGGAGACGACACGCGGAUCACAAGCACUGAGACCAUGCACCGCGGGAGAAAGGGCUCUGUACUUACCUGGUAUAAGCUGGCACCCUCAUGGGAAGGGGGUAUGGUAAUUCAGAGAUAAGAGAUGGGCAGCAGUGUGGUGUAGUGGUUAGGGCUCUGGACUCUUGACUCUUGACUGGAGGGUUGUGGGUUCAAUCCCUGGUAGGGGACACUGCUGCUGUACCCUUGAGCAAGGUACUUUACCUAAAUUGCUCCAGUAAAAACCCAACUGUAUAAAUGGGUAAUUGUAUGUAAAAAUAAUGUGAUAUCUUGUAACAAUUGUAAGUCGCCCUGGAUAAGGGCGUCUGCCAAGAAAUAAAUAAUAAUAAUAAUAAUAAUAAUAAUAAUGAGGACGGUCUUAUGACACUGAAGUCUGAAGUUCUACCAAGGCAACUGAUGAGCUUCAUGGGAAAUAGUGUUUGUUGAAAAAAAAAUUAAAAAUACAUAAUUUAUCACAGCUUGAUGUCAUAUUUAUUUCAACUGUGUUGUCAAUAUGGGUUAUAUUUUUUAAAAAAACCCUAACAUCUUAUUAUACCCUUUUGAAUUAGAUGUUUUAAAUAUAACUUCAGCCUUGAGCUUCAUUUUCUUUACAUUGUAUUGUGUUUAUAUUGUAGAUAUAAAAAAAAAAAACACAACAUAUUUUGUUUGCAUCCUUUCCUAGUAUUCAAUCCAGUGUACAACGUGGUUUAAACAUUUAUUUUUCUUGAUCGUGUAGGAAUACUAAUUAUAACUAAGCAGGAUAUCAGAAACCAGGUGUUAAGCUUUACCAGCUACCCACCGUUUACUGCACUGCUUUUGACUCGAAAUGUGAGACUCUAAAACGGUGCUAGCAGCUCAGCCGAAUGUAAAAAUCAUUAGCAGCUCAGCCGAAUGUAAAAAUCAUUAGCAGCCCAGCCGAAUGUAAAAAUCAUUAGCAGCCCAGCCGAAUGAUUAUGAGGCUUGAGAUGGAUUCUCCUGCCUUGGCUGUGAAGCGUUACUUUAGCACCUCUGGUUCUUGUUCAUGGUGGAAUGCCCCCAUUGUCUUAGGGUUAAGGGUAGGGUCCAUAUUUCUGCUUGAAAUCUGAAUUUCAGAUUCAUCAUUUUUCUAAACAAAUAUCCAAUACAUUUUUUACCCAAAUAUAAAAAAAUGUGACAGAGUUAGCUAUUGUUUUGUGUCGACUGCCUUGUUAUCAUGUCAAAUAAUGUGUGUGUUGCCGGCAAACACUGUUGUGAUGGUGAAUGGUUAUGGUAUACUACUUUUGCUUUUUAAUUUUUUGCAUAUCUAAUGCAAUCAUGUUUUACAGCAAUACAUGUUUUUGUCAUCGUGUGUUCUGCUGUGUUAAUGACUUUAUGAUACAUGGUUGAUUUGAUCAGCAUAUUGCCGGCUAGAAUAAGCCACAUCUGGAUUCCAUUGAAGUGUUUUACAGCACUGGGGAAUCCCCCUGGAAUGACUCGGUGUUGAUGAAGUCAGUGGGAUUCCCCAGCCAGUGCCCAAGGGGUGGUUUAUCCUGUAGGGGUAUUGGUCAAUCAAAUCAAAUCAACCCCUUAGCUAUAUACCCACCCCACCCCCUCCCAAGGUGUGACAUAUUAAAUAAACCAAACGUGCAGCUUUUGAUUUAUACA